UCACAGUUCAUCUUGUGGAGCGAUUUAUUCUACAAAUCACUGAGAAACAAGAUGGUGGCCUCGAAGAAGACGAAAAAGACGACGGAGAACAUCAACUCGCGCUUGCAGUUGGUCAUGCGUUCGGGCAAGGUCGCCCUUGGCUACAAGGAAACGUUGAAGAACCUCCGCAACGGCAAGGCCAAGCUUGUCAUCUUGUCGAGCAACACGCCGCCGCUCCGCAAGUCGGAGGUCGAGUACUACUCGAUGCUUGCCAAGACGGGUGUCCACCACUUCGCCGGCAACAACAACGACCUCGGUACGGCCUGCGGCAAGUACUUCCGCGUCUCGUGCAUGUGCAUCAUCGACGCUGGUGACUCGGACAUCCUUCGCUCGUCGACCGACUAAAUUGAUGCUUGAAACAUUGAUUUCUCAGGAUUUGAGGCCCCUA